GCAUCUCUCUUUCUCUUGUUUUUCGUAUUCCCCUGCCUUAACCCUCUUUAUUAGUUAGUAGAGAGCCCGGCUGCCUGGUACUCCUGGUCCCAAUUUGACGUCACAUUACCGUCUCACAACACCAACAAGCACAUCUAUCUUGUCGAUAAUAACCUCGCGAUGCGUGGCCUCACUCAGGCUGCCGCCGCGGUGCUAACACCUGUGUUGGUGUUGGCUCAUGGACCUCAUCACCCCCCGCCUCCACCGCCUCCUCCCCCUCCUAUGGGAUUCCUACCUUCCGCUCUUGACGUGACGCCUUCAGCUUUUGUCACACUCAAUGUCCCCUGGAGCGACACUGAAGCGUAUCCUUUGACACUACGAUUUGAUGUAGAGGAAUCAGAGGAAGUCUGUGGCCCUGCCAGCAUCAAGCUCAAUGGCGAACCCCUUAACCAAGACGCCAAGGGCCACGGCGUUGGAUCAUUCCUUGUCAACAACGAGACCAUCAUCUCAGCUGAGUGGGCUUUUGAGUGCAUCGGCCCCAAGGAGUUCCCCUUCGGCCAGUCAAUGCGCUUCAACGUAAAGGCCCUCGACGAUAUGGCCGUCAACGAUGAGUCUUCCUUCUGGAUGACCUUUAAGCAAACCGCCCCUGUCCGAAUCUCCGAUGUUGGAAACGCUGCCUACGUAUGGAGUCUGUCCGUCCCCUUCAGCAAGGAGAACAACACAUCAACAGGCGACAAGUCCACUGCCGACCACCCACCCCCUAUCUGGGAGAGCACCCACCGCGACUUCCAGGACCCUGAAGAGGAGCUUCAAGUUGAGUUGAUGGAAUUGGAGGCUCUUCACAAGCAGAUUCUUCAACUUGAGCAGCUUGUUGAGGAGAGGGAGGCGUCCGUUGCUAAGAAGCUGGGCAAGAAGUAUCCUCCUCCUCCUCCCUCGACUUACAAGAAGAUCAAGGAUUGCGAUGGAGUCCAGUGCGUUUUGCAUACUGUCAAGGAUGGUGUCCGACACACUGCUCAUAGGUUCUACGAUCACGUCUUUGGGCAUCCUCCCCCACCACCUCACCAUGGACCUCCUCACGGUCCUCAUCACGGAAAUGGCACUCACCCUCAUCCUCCUCACCACGGACCUCCCCAUCAUGGACCUCCCCCACCUCCUCCCCCUCACCAUGGCCAUCCUUUCCCCUUCCCUGGAGGUCACCCUCCCCCUCCUCACUGUCCUCCCUGCGCUUGUGAUCCUCACCAUGGCAACCCCCCGCCACCACCUCCACCUCCUCAUCAUCACGAAGAUGGACCUCACGGGCCUCACCACGGCGGACCUCACCAUCCUGAGGGCUUCCGCGCUGAGGGGCAUGAGGGUCACCCACCACCACCUCCUCCUCACCAUCCCAUCAUUGUGAUUCUCGGCGUCCUCGCCAUCGCACUCGCUCUUUUCAGUGGCAUUGCCAUUGCCUACAUCCACCGCCGCAUUGCUCGUCUGAGCCCCGAGUCUCGACGUGCCAUCCGCCGCGCAUUCCGCCAAUCUCCCGAAGAGCGCCGCAAGGGUUCCGCUUUGAAGGCUGCUUACCGUGCUUUCGUUUCUCGAUGCGUUGAGAACGACGAAGAUGAGAAGGAGGCCAUGCUCCACGGUGAGCGCCGCCGAAGAUCUUCUUCCGCAAGCAGCGUGACCAUGGAAGAGGAGAUUGCUUCUUUCCGUGAGGCUGCUAACAUGGUCGAUGGUAUUGUUGCUGCCGAGGAAGGCCACAGCGCCCAUGCUCGCUCAUACAGCUACAUCUCUGGCUCUUCUGGUUCUUCUCAUCCAACACACCACUCUGCCCCUGCGGCAUACCGUAACUUUCCCGAUGACGAGAGCCUCCCCGCCUACGACGACGAUGAGCGCGACUCGUCGGUUGUUUCAGACGGAUGCCGAUACACACCCGGUAGCUCUGACUACACCCCUUCCGCCACUGGAUCUAACGCCAGCGACGUUCUGGGCGACACCAAGAACUAAAACGAAACUCUAUGAUUUUUGAGCACGAUCUUUCUUUUGCAUACAACCAUGAUACACCACAUUUCCUUAUUUGUUAAGAUUAUUAUUUUUUAUUUUUUUGCAUGGUAUGACUGGGAUAUUGGAUAUUGGGGAGUUCCACUAUACUAUAGACUGUGAUUCCACAGCACCUCAAUAGCCAUCUAAUAUCACAUCUUGAAUUGUACAAAUGUCUAUAAUGCUAUGGUGAUAUGUGUACACUCGUUUUAUCUACUCUCGUCGUCCAAAGAUGAACUCCUCGUAAUUCAUGGCUAUCUUCUUGACACCUUCCUCGAGCUCCCAACCUUUAACUUCGCAAACAUGUCGGUACAUGUCUUCUAGUGCCUUUUCCAUGUGCUCACCUACUAUGUGAAGAUCGCUUUCUAUAAGCACGCUGUCAUCGGGCAGAGCGCGGAGCACCUCGUCAGUCUUGGUGCAACUGGCAUCCGUGCUAAGGUUGACAGCCACCGACAGUGAGACAAAAAUGCGAGCUGGGAUUGUUGGGCUGAGGUACUGCUUCAACACUUCAACACUAGCACUGAAUGAGUGCAGACAUAUCCGUGGAGGAUAUGGCUUCUCGCUGUCAUCGUCAUCUUCCUCAUCCGAAAAGUCCUCAGCCCCCUUGGCAACAAGACGCCGUUUUCGACGUGUUAUCACUUCGCGCUCAUGACCCUUCCAUGUGUCGACAAGAGUGUCAUGGAGCACUCCAUGAGCUUGCACACCGUGUACGCUAACAGCUCGGCGAGUCUUGCCAGCAAGACGGAGCUGUGCAGCGAGAAUGGCACGCUGAUGCUCUAUUCUUACCCGAUGAGGACUGAGAUGCCGACCUUCGCGACCUCCAGGAGUCAAAGUCGAAUCUCGUUCAGCUUGCUCAGAGGGGUUCCAUGGUUCAGGAAGACGGAAGGCCUUGUCAACGCCAAUUUCGCCGACCAAGGCAUAGGGAUUGGCAGAUAGACGGGAUUCAGUUUCCUCUAGAAACGUGCUUACAGCGAUUGGGGUUGGCAGAGAGGCGACAAAGUCCGAUGAAGGUUCCGGCUGGAGAACGGCGUUGUAGUGGGCCUGCUUGGCAGCGUUGUCGGUCUCGGAGCCGGAGGUGGGCCGAUAUGUCGGAGCAUCGGCCGAGUCGUCAUAGAGGAGAUGUGAAAACCAGGGGUGCCAGCCAAAAGAUGGAACUACCCAAGUAUUGCUUUGGCCGGAGUUGCCUUGGAAGAGCAGCUUGGGGUUAUCGUUGGAGUGCUUGUUGGCCACUUCUGCGACAAGAUCCUGGUCCUGUGCCCGGGUUGCCAUAAUAGCCAAUGCAGCCGCGCGCAUUGAGGGGAUAUCCUGUAUGGAAUCCAUGGUAUCCGUUGGAUGGCAGUGAGCGUCGCAUAUUGGCAGAUGCCAGGGGAACGGGGAUUCGUCGCCUACAUCUACUACAGGCACUGGUUGCUCAUCGUAAUUGUGGGUGUAUUGACACAUGUUGACGAUUGAUCGAAUCAGGGGAUGAGUC